UCAUUUCCACCAUCAUAUUCCUAUCCAAAACUAACCAAUCCAAGUGAAACGUCGCAUCGUAUAUAUAAAUACAAAUCCAAAUCCCUUUCCACUUAACUCCUCUCGUCCAAUCUUCUAACCAACAAUUAUCAGAGGACACGGAGGUGCAGCCAUCAUACAAAUCGGUCGGAGCCAGGAAAUUUCCUUCGUUCAAAUUCUUGCUCGACCGAUCAUGGCGGUUGCAGCGGCCGUGACGCUGCUGUUGUUUUUCGCCUCCUGCAUGGGCGCCUCCGUGUUGUGCACCGGGGCACCGGCAGCGGGGUUCGAGGACGUGCCGACGGUGCCCUUCGACGAGGGCUUCACUCCGCUCUUCGGCGAGUCCAACCUCGGCCUCUCCGGUGACGGCACCGUACGCGUCACCCUGGACCGCCACACCGGCUCGGGCUUCAUCUCGAAGCACUACUUCCACCACGGCCUCUUUAGCGCUGACGUGCGGCUCCCCGCUGGUCACACCGCGGGGGUCGUCGUUGCCUUCUACCUCUCCAACGGCGACGUGUUCGACGACACCCACGACGAACUGGACUUCGAGUUCCUCGGCAACCGCGCGGGCCACCGGUGGCGGAUGCAGACCAACGUGUACGGCAACGGCAGCACCGCCCGGGGCCGGGAGGAGAGGUACCUCAUGCCGUUCGACCCCUCCGCAGCCAAGCACAGGUUCUCGGUGCUCUGGUCGUCCGACGCCGUCGUCUUCUUCGUCGACGGCACGCCCGUCCGCGAGGUGCAACGGCGCGCCGGCGCCGGCAUGGGCGGCGACUACCCGUCCAAGCCGAUGGCGGUGUACGUGACCAUCUGGGACGGGUCCACCUGGGCGACUGAAAACGGCAAGUACACGGUGGAUUACAGGCACGGGCCUUUCACCGCCGAGUUCUCGGGGCUCGUCCUGCGCGGCUGCCCUGCCGACGCCACCGGUGACAUCCGCCAGCUUCACCGUGCCACCUCCGUGCACCGGUGCGCGGCGAGGGAGCGGGAACUGACGACUGCGGAGUACGCGGUGAUGACGGCGCGGAAGCGUGCGGCGAUGCGGAGGUGGAGGUGGAAGCAGACGCUGUACACGGUGUGCUACGACACAGACCGGUACCCGGCGGCGCUGCCGGAGUGCGACGUGAAUGCGGUGGAGCGUCAGAUGUUCGAGCGGUGGGGUGAGUCCAAAGUCGCUUUCCGCUCCAGGCAGAGUCGAGUUGAGACGCCGCUCGCGCCGCCGUUGGUGUCCAUGAACAUGAUGCAGGCAGACUGAGUGAUCGAUCGUUCGGACCACAAGCAGCCACGUUGUUGUACAGUUGCUUACUUAGUACUAGUGGUAGCAAGAGAGAAAUGAUGGCAACUGCCGUGAUUAUGAAUUUAUGAUACUAGCAGAUUGUUGAUUUGAUGGUUACUU